AUGCAAGCAAGUAGUGAUGUUUAUUCCAUUGUCGUCUCUCAGGAUGGCCGGUGGAUUGUGUCCGGGGAAAUCGGACAGAAGGCGAUCAUCUGGAACGCGGCCACUCAUGAAAAAGUGCUCGAGAUUACCGAACACGAGCAUUGCGUAUUCGCGGUCGAUAUCUCGUGCGACUGUAGCAAAAUUGCCACUGUGGACGCCCACACCGCCAAGAUAUUCAGCAUUACCUCUGGUAAACGAUUGCUUCCUCCCCUUCCACAUGAUUGGGUUCUUGGUGUCAAGUUCUCCCCAGAUGGCAGUCGGCUUGCUACCGCCUCGUAUGAUCACGGUAUCCGCGUCUACAGCGCCGACAAUGGUGACAUCUUGUUCGAUUCAGGUCUUGAGGGUUCAACCGGUUCAUUGUCGGCCACUCAGCCGUUGGUUUGGUCAUCUGACAGCCAGCAACUGUUCGUCGCAGGCAGAGGCAAAAUCACCUGCUUCGACCUUUCCAAGUCUUCGUCCGCAAAAUGGUCCAUCCAUCCAAACCAAUCUGAUAUGGUCUCUAUAGUAUCCAAUGGCAGAUUCAUUGCGUGUUCCGCGGGUUCAUCGGUUUCGCUGUGGGAUUGCGUGUCCCACAAGCAAAUUAGUGGCAUUAUCUCGCACGCUGUAGACAUCAACUGCGUUGCUCUCUCGCCAAGUGGGGAGUAUCUCGUAUGCGUCUUCGAUGGCGUGAAAAUCACGAUUCAUAAUCUCGGAGAUGUCCUUCCCACUGAGUAUUUCGGUCAUUGUGUAAGUGCACAUCCACUCACGACACUCGCAUCGUUAACAAUCAUCACGCUAUUGUUUUUCCUGCGUAACGCUUUAAUCCGUGGUCAAUUCCAUACCUAUCAGCUUCCGCUCGUGCAAGUGACCGGCAAGACCCUCAAAUCGUGGACACAGGACAACCCGACAAACACCGAAAUGCUCCUGUCAAAGGAGAUCGCGAGUGCUUCAAGUCCUAGCCACUACGCGCUAGCAAACCGCGCUCUUAUAAGAGCGCAUUUAAAACACUUUGCGCCUGCCAUGGGGGAUGCUAAAGAAGUGAGCUUUCUUUCUGACUACUCGAUGCGCCUGUUCACUCCCAUGCACCUCAAGUCCCUCCAGGUUCAGCCAUCACCUAUCGGCUAUAUUGCAAUGGCGGUUGCUCUACUUGGCCAGGGCAAUCGAGAGGGUGCGCUAUGCACAUUCGCCCUAGCCUUUCAUGAUUGCGAGCUGCACGACAUCAGAUUUCUCUUAUUACUGAAGUUUGUCCUUUUGUUCGAAUCCGGACAUCAGGCAGAGGUGAUAACACGUGUAAAUCACCUUGUUGCAAGAGCAAGUGAUGACGAUACCAUCUACCUUUACACACAGGCAUGUGCUUCGCGUGAUGUCCUGGGAGUUAUGUGUAUGAAGGAAGGAAAUUACGGACGUGCAAUACGGUCGAUCGAACAUGCGAAGAAUCUAGUCACAAAGGACAGGAAAUGUCCACCCCUAGAGACGAUCACGCUCAUAUUUGGGUGGGAUUUCAAUGGACCGGACAUUGCCGCCCGGCGACGUCUAUGUGAAAAUCUCUAUGCUGAAGAACGUACAGCCGAAGCCGUGGAGAUUCUCCUCAGCAUCAUCAGAACAUCAGACGAGGAGACCCAUGGGAGCAAGGCAACUACCGACUGGAUUGCAGAUUUCACCAAAAAAUGCAUUGCGACACUUGAACAUUUUGGUGAUGAAGCCUUUGAGUCUGCAAAACAUGACGACGCAAUAACACAGUACUCUACUGCGUUGUCCCUCCGUCCUCCAAGCCCUGCAGGUCUGCUUAUCAAGCAAAGCAGGGCUCGAGCAGCAAAAGGGUUGUGGGAGGACGCACUGCAGGAUGCGAACGAGGCAGUGAAAGUGGACCCCUCCGACCCUUGGGGCUAUGAGGCCAAGCAUGUGGCGCUUCACGGAGCGAAACAGUAUGAUGAAGCAAUCAACACUUUCAGCUCCAUGUUGCGCGUGAUCGUACAGUCCAAUGACCCUGCAAUCAGGCAACUGCGCAAGAACUUCAUUUCUCCUUCCGAGACAAUUGCGGCUAUUGACGCUGUCAUUCGCGAGACCCUCAAAGACUGUCCCCUCGUUGUCAUCGAUAUCACCACUGGCUGCCUCUGCGAUGGUCCUGAGCGGAUACGUAUCUUCAAGGCUGAUUCGUCGUUCAAAGAGCUUGUUUCAUCCAUGACGAGAGAAGCGGACAAGGAACGGAUCCUACGGGUAAUUGCAAAGUUUUUUGGAUAUGUCAUGUUCUCGCAUGCAUGGCAGGGGACCGAACCGUCAUUCCGGGACGUCAACGUAGUCAAAUCCGUGUGGAACCUUCCCGAUACGCCCCUAAAUGAGAAGCUGCGCAAUUUCUGCUUGGAGACACGCAGACUUGGUCAUAAUUGGGCCUGGUCAGAUACAUGUUGCAUCGACAAGUCCGCAAGUUCCAUCCUUGUUCAAUCUCUUACAUCUAUGUACAAAUGGUAUGCAAAUUCAGCAGCCACGCUCGUGUACCUUGCCGGCGUAGCGCAUCCGUCCAAGCCCGGGGACCUCACGCGUAGUUUCUGGAUGACGCGUGCUUGGACUUUGCAAGAACUCCUGUCACCGAGACUCAUCUUCUUCUAUGACUCCGAGUGGAAGCCAUACCUCGGCAUUUCUGCCACGAACCACAAGAAGUCUCUGGAGAUCAUGCAAGAGCUGGCAGACACUAUCAAGAUUCCCUGUGGAAUGAUCGUCACGUUCUCUCCAAAUGAUCUCGGGGUGCACGAGAAACUUCGUCUUGCUUCGACGCGCAAUGCCACGGUCGAAGAAGAUGUCGCAUACUCUCUUAUCGGCAUAUUCAAGUCGGAUAUCAGGCCUCACUACGGUGAAGGACCUGACGCUCUCGGACAUCUCCUGGAGGAGAUUGUCGCACGCUCUGGCGAGGUCAGCGUGCUCGCAUGGUCAGGGAAGUCAUCGUCAUACAACAGUUGUCUGCCGGCCUCCAUUUCUGUUUACAACCAAACUCUUCACAACCCUCCGCCACUCGAAGGGGAAGAAAUGAAAAGGUGCAUCGCGGAAUUACGCGAAAAGCUGUCCCAGCGGGAAGCCCAGAGCAUCUAUCGUCAGAUCAACUCUCUUUCACCCGCCCGUUUUGCGACCCGAUGCCUACAUCUUCCAUGCAUCGUCUUCUCUGUUAAAUACCUCUGUAUACUCAGAGGCAAUCAGAACCUAUAUAGUGCCUGGGUAUCAGGGCUUGGACAAGUGGAGUUCACGGCCACGGACAAUCUCCCUGUGAACGAGCCAAAGAAAUUCGUCUUCGCGCAUCCGUGGAUUCAUUACAUCCGGGGUCCGAGCAGUGGGUUUACCUGGGGAGGUGAUUCGGAGUCUGACAUUGACUCUGACUCGGACGGAGUUGUGCCCCCCUCGUCAUUACAUGCUGCCCCGACGCCUCGGGUUGACGGCUAUACCCAGGCACUGGAAAUGAUUGCUCGCCUCGGAAAGCCGUUCAAUGCGUUGCUUCUCGUACAGCAGCCGAAUGGAGAGUACAAGAGGGUCGCUACAGAGACGGAGAUCGUCGUCUCGGGACUCGGGACUAACAUCACCCCGAGGAAUAUUCGGACGAAGGUCUUGGAAAUCCUGUGA